ACUUGCCAACUUGUGUUACCGUACUUCACUUUGUGGUUCUAACUUGACCGACGUGUAGCUAGACUGUGGCUCUCUGUAUCCUCUAUCGUUCUAUAGAUAUCAUGCGGGGCUCUCCCCCUGCCAACAUCCCAAACUCACAGAUCGCAAUGAAAAUGGAAACAAGCAGCAGCAGCAGCAGCUCAUUUCCCAUUACUAGCAAAGAUCUUCCUUGCGAGAUCAUAGAGGGAAUUCUGCUGCAGCUGCCGGUCAAGUCGCUGCUCCGUUUCAAAUGCGUGAGCAAAUCAUGGCUUAAUCUCAUCUCCGACCACAAAUUCAUCAAGUCACACCUUCACCACUCCACCAAACAACACCCUCACCACGAUAAUAAUGAUGGUGAUCGAAUAUCAAACACACAUCUCAUGCUCUCCUCAACAACCCUCAUUCACUCGCUCCAUCUACAACUACCAAAUGCUCGUACCAAACAAGAAGCAGAAGCCCCAGCUGCUGCUGCUCCAACUGAUGCAGAUGAUGCAGUAGUACUCGAAUCCAUGGUGGAGUACCCGGUGGCAUCGACGGUGAGGCGGCCAGCUGUCAAAGACAUCAAGAUCGUCGGUUCCUGCAACGGCUUGCUAUGCUUGGUGCUCGACUUCCAACACAUGAUCAUAUACAACCCCUCCACCAGGCACGUUCAAGAAGUACCCAACCCAGAGGAAACUGUCAUCGGUAGAGAUUACUUUUACGGUUUCGGUUACGAUUCUCGCAAUGAGGACUGUAAAAUAGUGAGGGCCACUUCUUCGAGUAGGGAUGGCAAUUUCGUCACCCAACUUGACAUCUUUACUUUGAAGACCAACUCUUGGCGGACAAAAACCAAAACCCUCCCCUUUUAUUUCAUGUCCAGCGUGGUGGGUACCCUUCUAAAUGGGGCUCUCCACUGGGCAGUCCGUCGAGGAAUCAACAUCAGUCCUUCUGACGGCGAUGACCAUGACCCGAGGCUUUUCGGCAUUGUCACCUUUGAUCUGAUAGAGGAGACUUACAAAGAAAUACCCCUGCCGUGUGACGGUGAUAAGCAUUUCUCUUUCUAUGGGUUGGGGGUUUUAGGAGGGUGUCUGAGUAUGCUCCACAGCCCCCACGGGUCUGAUUAUCAAGUGUGGCUUAUGAAGGAAUAUGGAGUCAAGGCUUCUUGGAGCGUUUUCACAACCAUCCCACAAAAGAUGGAGGAUACUAAGGAGUACAUGGGAUUGAUGUCGCUUUUGUGCGUUUUGAAGAAUGGCGAAAUUCUAAUGAUGUUGCACAACCACAAAAAGGUUGUGAUAUACAAUCCCGGACAGAGGAAAUUUCGUACCAUAUUCAAUUGGGAAAUAGGCUCUUCCCAAGUGGCCUUAUACAUCGAGACUCUAGUUUCCCCAAAAAUAUAUGCACCAUCCUCAUCACCAUGCAUCUCUAGCCGUUCGAGAGCGGACGUCCGCAACCCAGAAAAAGUGAGGAAAUCGCUCCUCCGGCCUCAAUAGCGGGUCGACGGAGCGGCUUGGCUUGUCGGGCGAAGGCCAGGGGUCUGCGAAGCCAAUCUGCAGUUGGGUGGAGUCGCCGGCAACCAGUUAGCAAAGCUGCCCAGAACCUGUAGUUGCAGAGGAGGUCGCUACCCAGAAACCUGCAAUCCCGACCUCAAUCGCUGCUCAGAAGCUGUCUGGAAUGCCUCCGGCCUCUGUCCAGCAAGCCCCGCGCCGCCGUUGCUGCCUGAAGCGACUGCUGCGUUGAAGUCCGCACUUUAGCGUCUGUGAUCGGGCUUGUAUAUAUAUAUAUAUAUACACACCAUAUGCGAGCUGUGUGAUGUAUCUCCGUCCUUGCAAAAGUUGAGUUUGAUUGUACAUGGAAACUUCUGAGUUCAUAAAUUUCAUUCUGAAGAGCUUUUCCAGUU